GUCUUCUGUCCUUGAGCGGAAGCUCCCUUUACGGACAGGAAGCAGGUGCCUCGCUAUAUUUCUAAAUUAUAGGUGGUCUUCCAUUUUCUGAUUUUCUAUCAAGCCGGAGCACGUGUUCGGGUGCCGGCAAAAGAGGCUUCCAUCUCACCUUGGGAAUAUCUCUUUUCGCUCCUUCUAGUUUGGGUUCGGAAGCGGAAUGAAUCCCGAGAAACUGAAGAAGCUGCAGGAACAAGUGCGGAUCGGCGGCAAGGGCACACCGAGACGGAAGAAGAAGGUAGUGCAUGCUACUGCAGCCACCGAUGAUAAGAAAUUACAAAGCUGCUUGAAAAAGUUAUCCGUCAAUACGAUUCCUGGCAUCGAGGAAGUUAACAUGAUUAAGGAUGAUGGUACCGUCAUUCAUUUUAAUAAUCCAAAAGCACAAGCCAGUCUUUCUGCCAAUACCUUUGCAAUUACCGGUCAUGGAGAAAAUAAGCAGAUUACGGAAAUGCUUCCUGGGAUACUGAGUCAGCUCGGUCCGGAGGGCUUAACUCAACUGAAACGUUUGGCUACCAACGUAACUACAAAAGUUGGAAAGGCAACGCUAGAAGAGGAUGACGAAGUGCCCGAUUUGGUGGAGAACUUUGACGAAGCAAGUAAAGAAGAGGUAAUGGCAAAAAAGGAAAUGGAUGAACAUUACGCCGACACGGUUAGCGAUGAGAAGGAGACGAAUGCGGUAAUCGAGGAAAAGAAAGAAGCACCGAUAGUCAAGCCCGAGGUUUAAAGAACUUUGAUAGAGAAGGUGCCGAUCGCAGAAUCCCACCGAUCGCUGGGUGGUGAUACGGAAGAGAGCUACGAAACGUAUCUAAUCAUAAGACGGCGGGUACACAUAUACGUGUGCGCUCGUAGUACAAAAGCACCGUUUAAUCCACCUUAUUAUAACACACUUUCAAAGGAAAAAUAAAUAUAACUACUAAACACUCGUAGGUCGUUGACGGUGACGUGUCAGUGCGUAAGUUUCGCGGUAAUUGCUAGAGAUCGUUAUUAAACACUGGUAUCGUAAUAAUCGCUCAUACGUGACACGUUGCCUAUCGUAAUCCCAAAGGGACGGUUCUCCGAUGACGCGCCAUCGGUUAACCGCGAUUGACCGAGAAAAGCGUCGAUUAACCUCUUCAAGCGGAAGGUGGAACGAUUAUUUUCAGUUGGAGAAGCUAGCGCGGCGAUAUCUCGCUCCGUAGAACCAUGUUAUCGAGUUCUCAGAAUAUAGACGCUUGGAAGAAA